CGUAUUAAUUUUAAAUAUAUUAAUUAUUUUUGAUGUGUGUUUGUGUGUGGGAGGGGGCACAGAGACUGAACUCAAGGAGCACAGAACUACAUCUCCAGCCCUUCUUUAUGUUUUAGUUUGAGCCAGGAUCUCAUUAAGUUGCAGUCAAAACGUCAUUCUUCCUGACUCCUGAAUAGCUGGGAUUAUAGGAAUGCACCGAUGUGUUAAUUAGCAUCUGUAGAUGGCAAAGUGCAGGAGGGAAGGAAUUAUAUUCAUCUAGUUCACUAGUGCACAUCCAAUGUCUGGAACUCUGGGCACAUAGUAGGUUCUCAAUGAGCGUUUCUAAAGGCAAUUGAAAAUGACUGAGAGGGGGACCUGGGAUGUAGCUCAAUGGUAGAGCCCUUGCCUAUAAUGUGCAUAGACCCUGGGUUCAAUCCCCAGGUCUGCGGGGCGGGGGAGAAAAAGGCUGAGAUCAACUUGAAAAAGAUUUUAGAGAAUAUUUAGUCUUUUUCUCUUUCACAUUUGUGGACACUGACUCUCAAGGAGGCUAACGCUUACUGAGUGGCUAAUGCAAGCAGGUGCUUAAGUAAAUGAUCUCAUUUUAAUCCUCGUGUUCUCUUGAAUAGAUGAACAUCAGGAUUAUGUCUAUCAAGUACCCACCGUGCUCCAGGCUCUGUCCUGGAGGUUUGGGGCUGCUGCACUGUAUCACUCUUCUCUGAACGUCAUUGGGAUUUGAUGCAAAAAUGUCUGUCUGUAAUGAUAUGUCAAAGGGCCUGUGACAGAUGCCAACAGUGUGGCCCCUUUUCAGAGAGGAUUGUCUUGGCUGGGUGCUAUACUUUCAGCUUGCUAAGUUCAAACUUUUCUUGAAAGCUGUGCCAGCCAUAGGACAAUAAACACAAAAGCAGCCAGCAUCGCUGCUUUUAUGGAGGAUUCAUAGAAGUAGAUCAUAAAUAAAUACACCAACCAAAACAUGAGUGAUGUGUAUUAUUUUGAAGAUAAAAGAGGGAGGUGACUAGAGCUGCUAGUUAGAAAGCUGCUAACUUUCUGACGGUACGCCAGGUACCUGAGUCUGUCACGUGAUAGGAGGGAGCCAGCCAUUCAGAUCUGGGGAAGAAACAUUGGUACAGCAGGAGCUGUAGGGCAACGUUCUAAGGCGGAGUGAACUUGGUGUGUUUGAGGGACAGAGGGAAUAGGAGCAGGGAUUUAGGGGAUGACCAAGGGCAGAGGUAAUAAAUGAAGUAGGAGGGACAAUGAGAGAUUGUAUCGAGACGUGAAGGCUAGGGCAAAGUGCUCGGAUUUUGUUCCGCUAUGAUGGGAAACCUAUUCGGUUAUAAGUAGGCAAAAUGCACAGUCAGAGGUAUUGAAGACAAACAAGUGUGUGGAGUAUGGAUUUGAGAACAGGGAGGAUGGAAGCAGAGAAAUCACCUAGCACGCCAUGGCAGUGGUCCGGGAGAGAGGCAGGGGGUGGGUUCUGGAUCAGGGUCUACAGGGAGCGCGAGCAUUUAUUUUGGAGACGAGUCAGAAGGUCUUGCCAGUGGAUUGAUAUGGAGUGGAAGCAGUGGCAAGGGUAAAUCCUAGAGUUUGGCUCGGAUGACUGGUACUAGUUUUCCGUGGCGAGCUGGAUGGAGCACUGAUCGAGUCCUAUUUUGGACCUAUAAGGCUGGAUGUAGUGUACGGCAUGUAGAGUGAAAGGUGAAAGGUAAAUAGGUUCCCAACAGGAUGAGAAGGAAGUACAUUUCAGAGGAGUGGAGAUCCGUCACCAUUCCAUUGUGGCUAGAAAGGCGGGGUGGAAACGAUACUGUGACCAAGAAAAUAUAGUACUUCCUUUCUGUGCUUUGAUCCUUUCCUCAAUGGAACCCCGAUGCUCAUAUUGAAUGAACUAAGUCGGAAGGAGAAAUUAAUCCAUCAUAUCAUUUGCGUGGGAAGAGCUGGCGUAUUAUGAAGAAAACACACGAGAUUUUCUUUUCCCUGAGCCCAAGCUGACACCUUCCUACCCUGGAACACAUAGGGAGCUGCUCAUGAAGACAACCAGAGGUUUUCCAGGCAUUGCUCCCAAGUUAGAGUUUUCUACAAGGACAGCCAUCCGAGAAUGUGUGUUUCUACAGAGAAACAGAUUUCUUGAAGAAAGAUAUAAGUCGCGAAGGCCUUUCUCAGCAUCAUAUGGACCAGUAUUCCCCUUAAAUAAUACAAAGAUGAAGCUGAAGGAUAAUAAUCUUGACAGACUACCCAAAGGCACGCAGUCCUGGGCACCCUCUCCAUAUUCCACCAGGCCUUGCUUCCUGGACCAGCCGGCUGAAGUGAACCUUGGAAAUACCUUCCAGUUCUCUGGAGAAAGGAGGCCUCCAUUUGUGAUUAGACAUGUGGACAGUGCAAAGCCCUUUGGUGAGAAUAUAUUAGAGCCUCAUCCACAGAAGUCUAGAAGAAAACCUAAAUCUUCAAACUUUCCGUUUCCAAUGAAAAGCGCUUCUUCUCUUGACUGCCUUGCAGCAAACGUAAAGGUUAUGAGAGAGCCAGAUGAACGGAUUAUUUUAAGGAAUGAGUCACCAUCACCUUUAGAUUCACGUAAUUUUGGAAAGUCCUCACCCUAUAACCAGGGGGAUGCUGAUUUACACCGGGAAACUUCAUUUGCCAGCUGCCAGCAUUUCAGAUCUCCCAGCCCUCUGGAUCAGCCUCCACUCCAAGAAAGAUGCCAUCCUAGUUCUCAGUCCACAUGGAAGAAGAUCCAUGAAAGGGUAUGCAGUCUUCUGAAGUCCCACAGAGUUCAGCAGCGUGCAAAGGAAGACUGUAACUCGGAAGUAACUUACAUCCUUGAAAGACCAAACUAUCCUCUGAAGAAAUACCCACAGCAUGAACAGAGAUAUUUUUAACUGCUGUCUUAU